UCUCUUCUUGCUCUUCUCCUCUAAAAACCUUUUCUUCUCAACACAUCAAAAAGAAAAAAAAAAAAAGAAAAAACUUCUAACGACCAAAGAAAAAAAAAACAGAGGACGCGUGAGAAAGAAAAAAAAUAUAUACACACAGAAGAAGAAUCCGAUAAAAAGAUCCGGCGAUGUCAAACCCGACGACCCGAAAGAAUAUGGAGAGGAUUAAAGGUCCGUGGAGUCCAGAAGAAGACGAUCUGUUGCAGAGGCUGGUUCAAAAACAUGGUCCACGAAACUGGUCUUUGAUUAGCAAAUCUAUCCCUGGACGUUCCGGCAAAUCUUGUCGUCUCCGGUGGUGUAACCAGCUUUCUCCGGAGGUCGAGCACCGUGCUUUCUCUCAGGAAGAGGACGAGACGAUUAUUCGAGCUCACGCUCGGUUCGGCAACAAGUGGGCUACCAUCUCUCGUCUCCUCAACGGACGAACCGACAACGCAAUCAAGAAUCAUUGGAACUCGACGCUGAAGCGAAAAUGCAGCGUUGAAGGGCAAAGUUGUGAUUUUGGUGGGAAUGGAGGGUAUGAUGGUAAUCUAGGAGAGGAGCAACCGUUGAAACGUACGGCGAGCGGUGGUGGUGUGUCCACUGGGUUGUAUAUGAGUCCCGGGAGUCCAUCCGGAUCUGACGUCAGCGAGCAAUCUAGUGGCCAAGGCCAACAACACGUGUUUAAACCGACGGUUAGAUCUGAUGUGACGGCGUCAUCGUCUGCUGAAGAUCCUCCGACUUAUCUUAGUUUGUCUCUCCCUUGGACCGAGACGGCUCGGGUCAACGAGGCACCGCAACCAAACCAGGAUACGGUUAUGGACGGUGGUUACACGGCGGAGCUGUUUCCGGUUAGGAAGGAAGAGGAAGUAGAAGUAGAAGACGAGGCGAAAGGGAUAUCUGGUGGAUUCGGUGGCGAAUUCUUGACGGUGGUUCAGGAGAUGAUUAGGACGGAGGUGAGGAGUUACAUGGCGGAUUUACAGCGAGGGAACGUCGGCGCUUCCGGCGGAGGAAGUGGUGGUGGUUCGUGUAUGCCGCAAAGUGUAAACAGCCGUCGUGUCGGGUUUAGGGAGUUUAUAGUGAACCAAAUCGGGAUUGGGAAGAUGGAGUAGUGAGGGAUAAGAACAAAUUUUCCCUCUGUUUCUCGGGAAAAUUAAAAGUUUCAGGCUUUUCAAUGUAUAGAGAGCCAACCAGUAGUAGAGACGAGCGAGUCAAACAAAUCUUUUGUAAUCACAAUCAUAUGGUCUUUCGUGAUUCAACUAAA